ACUGUAGUAACUCCACCUAACCAUCCCCAAUUGCAUAAAAAAAAUGCAGGGCAUUUAUCUGAGAAAAUGACUUAUCUUUUUCAUCUGAGAAACAAUUUCGAUUCCUUAAACAUCAUUAAACUAGAGAUGGAUCCAUCAAGAACAAAGACAGAGAUUCUGGAUCCAACGCUACACGCAGUGGGAUUCGAGAUCGGGGAGAUAACGCCGCAAAGGGUGACCGGCCGGCUUCCGGUGACGGAGAAGUGCUGCCAGCCGUUCAAGGUAUUGCACGGCGGGGUAUCGGCAUUGAUAGCGGAGGCUCUGGCCAGCAUGGGUGCCCACAUGGCGUCAGGGUUCCGGAGAGUUGCCGGAGUCCAGCUCAGCAUCAACCAUCUGAAGAGUGCGCAAAUGGGCGACCUCGUCUUCGCCGAGGCAACGCCGGUCAACGUCGGAAAAACCCUUCAGGUCUGGGAAGUGAGGCUCUGGAAGGCGGAUGGAGAAGAAGAAGAAGUGGAAGAAGAUAAAGGACGAAUUAUGAUAUCUUCUUCAAGGGUGACUCUGUUGGUAAUGUCUGUUCCUCAUCACGCCGCCAUAGAUGCUGCCCAGAAUCUCAAGAAGUUCGCAAAAUUGUAACUCCUUUACAUAUUUGUUCUCCAUAAGACCAUUUGGAGUAGGCCUGGGAUCGGUUCGGUUCCUGGGUGAAAUAUGUGGAACCGUUUGAAAAUAUGAAAUUUUACUAACGGUUCGGUUCUUAUAAAUUAUUUUGUAGAACCGAUAAGGAACCGAACCGUUUUUAACGGUUCGGUUCUCGUCAUUUAACGGUUCCUAGUAUUUAAAAAAAAUCUUACAAAUCACGGUUAAAUUUGUGUCAAAAAUACAUUCAACGCUUGAAAUUACAAUACAAAUAUGUUGAAUUUCAU